AUUAACUAAGACAUUUCUGUAGCCUCUCUGUUAGCUUUAGUCUUCCAACAGCAGUUGAUAACAAUGCGGCAAAUCAGAGAUUCUCUGGUUUUACAGAUUUUAAUCCUCACUGUUGUCCAAUUUUGUCGGUCUGAGAAUGUGUUCCUUGAAGAAGAGGAUGCGUUCUCCAUGUUGAAAAGAGCUCGACGAGCCAACCAUUUUUUUGAAGAGACAAAGUCAGGAAAUUUGGAAAGAGAAUGUAUUUCAGAAUAUUGCGACUAUGAGGAAGCUCGUGAAGUGUUUGAGAAUGAUCAGAAAACACUUGAGUUUUGGGGAAGUUAUAAUGCUUGUACUGAAGACAGAACAGACAAUACCCCUCCAGCAUACCUGAGAGAUUGUCUGAAUGGACAAUGCUAUAAAGAAGGUGGUCCAAGUUAUAAGGGCAGUAUUUCAGUGACAAUUUCUGGGAGGAAGUGUCAGAGCUGGUCAAGAAACUUCCCACACAAACCAGAAUAUAAUCCGGUGACACACAACAACUCGCACCUUAUUGAUAACUACUGCCGGAAUCCAAAUAACAGCCAAAGUGGACCAUGGUGCUACACUAAGGACCCAAAAGUUAGAACAGAAAUGUGCUAUAUUCCUCGCUGUGGUGAAGCUUGGAAACCAUUGCCAACUCUGCCGCCAGAAGAAAAGCCCUCUACUGAUUGCGUUCCAAAUCAAGGAAGAGACUACACAGGAACGUUGAACGUAACCAUAAGUGGAAAAUAUUGCCAGGCUUGGAGCUCACAAUCUCCUCAUAAGCACAAUUUUACCAAACAAAACUAUCCCACAGCAGGUUUGGAAGCAAACUAUUGCAGGAAUCCAGAUGAGGAUGAUGAAGGUGUAUGGUGUUAUACCACUGACCCGAACACAGAAACAGAAUACUGUAAACUUAACUACUGCGAUGAUCACAAGAAUCCAUUUGAACCUCCAACGUUGGAAGAACUAGAGGCCCAGAAUACAUUCGCUGGUCGAACAACUAAGACUGAGUACGUGACCUCAUUCAAUCCAACAUAUUUUGGUAAAGGAGAAAGUGAAUGUGGACUGAGACGAAUGUUUGAGGGCCGAAACGAAAGAGAUGAUACUGAAAUGGAAUUGCUAGAAUCCCUGACAGGUCGGAUUGUGAAAGGACAAGAGGCUCAAAUGGGAAGCUCCCCAUGGCAAGUGAUGCUAUUCCAAGUAAAUCCUCAACAACUGAUCUGUGGUGGAAGUAUAGUGAGUGACCAGUGGAUCAUUACUGCAGCUCACUGUAUUCUCUAUCCCCCGUGGAACAAGAACUUCUCAACAACGGAUAUUGUUGCCCGUCUUGGAAAACAUGUUCGAGCUCAGUAUGAGCGCAACAGAGAGAGGAUCGUCAAGCUUGACAAAAUUAUUGUUCACCCCUAUUACAAUUGGCAAACCAACCUUAACCGUGACAUUGCAUUGUUGCAUAUGACGAUUCCUGUUUCUUUCUCUAAUUAUAUAUCACCCAUCUGCCUACCAUCAAAAGAAGUUGCCAGGAGGAUGCUACAAACUCAUCAUAUGGGUAGGGUCACAGGCUGGGGAAACCUGGCAGAAUCCUUUGUGAAUGUCAAUUCCUUGAAACCUCAGGUGCUGCAGCAAAUCCAUCUCCCCAUUGUUGAGCAAGAAACAUGUAAGAAAUCCACCAGCAUUAAAGUGACAAGUAACAUGUUCUGUGCAGGCUUCAGUCCAGAAUCUGACCGGCGUGGAGAUGCCUGUGAAGGUGACAGCGGAGGCCCAUUUGUAAUGAAGAAUCCCGAAGAUAACCGGUGGUACCUGAUUGGGAUCGUUUCUUGGGGAGAAGGCUGCGACAGAACUGGAAAAUACGGAUUUUAUGCUCAUGUAUUUAAGUUAAAGAACUGGUUGAGGAAGAGUAUAAGGAAUUUCCAUUCUUCUCGUUAAAGGUUGCAGAGUUCUGCUGUGAAAAGGUUAUGGUUAUUUUCCGAUGUUCACUGAGAAAAUUAGGAACAAAGUGUGAUGUUUUUAAAUUAAUGAAUCAAACAUUGCCAAGCUUGAAUUAGUUUUUGAUGUGUAUGAAAUAAAACCAUAAACAUAAUAGAUCAA